AGGAUGGACGAACGUAUUUUGGACUUGAAAAUCCGCCGGAUCGAGCAGCUCAAUGAAAAGUUGAGGCUUUCCUUGAAGAAAGACAGGAUUCCUGCGUCAAGGGCCGCUGCAUUGAUUAUACAAGCAUCUCAGGAUAUUCCCGACCCACUAAUUCCGUCCAUUUGGCAUCUACCUCCGGAGUUAAAUCGGUAUCGAGUGUUCCAGGAAGCAAAAGGCAUGAGUAGUGGGAAAAACGUUUCGUGCUGUACGAUUGUUUGA